CAUAUACUGACAGCAUUUUUAUCCAAGCCAAAUUUGCCACCAGGGCGGCGCUGAAAUCGCCACAGGGAGCGCUGACAUCGUCAUCAUCGAUCAUCAAGAUGUCCGUCAUUCUUGUGAAAACUCAGUAAAACGUUUUGAUUGUGGAGUGAAAAAAGGUGGAAAAACUAGUGGUUUCACGAUGACUUCGACGAAAAAUGAGGAGUCUGCGGCAAAGCCAAUGGCUAGGGUGUAUGGGCAGAUAGUAAUAUCGCUGGAGAAUUGCUUGCUGCCGGACACAAAAUUGGAACAAACACCAUCGCAAUUGGAUGGCUUGGAUCGCGAGACGGAAAUUGAUUUGCGAAUUUUGGGAUGCGAAUUGAUCCAAACGGCUGGGAUAUUGCUAAAAUUGCCUCAGGUGGCAAUGGCAACAGGGCAGGUACUAUUUCAGCGUUUCUUUUAUUCUAAAUCAUUUGUCCGACACAAUAUGGAGACCACCGCCAUGAGCUGUGUUUGUCUGGCGUCCAAAAUUGAAGAGGCGCCCAGACGAAUACGCGAUGUUAUUAAUGUUUUUCACCAUAUAAAACAAGUCCGUGCACAAAAACCUAUUACGCCUAUGAUUAUUGAUAUUAAUUAUAUCACACUCAAGACACAAGUUAUCAAGGCCGAGAGGAGAGUACUCAAGGAGCUGGGUUUCUGUGUUCACGUCAAGCAUCCCCAUAAGUUAAUUGUGAUGUACCUCCAAGUGCUGGGCUUCGAGAAGAACCAGAAGAUGAUGCAGAUGGCCUGGAACUUCAUGAAUGACUCCCUGCGGACGGACGUCUUCGUGCGCUAUCAGCCCGAGACAAUAGCAUGUGCCUGUAUCUACCUCACUGCACGCAAGCUGUCCGUCAAUCUCCCUGCCAAUCUACCCUGGUUUGGUGUCUUCUGUGUCAGCGAGAACCACAUUUUGGAUGUUUGCUAUCGCAUCUGUCAGCUCUAUCGGCGGCCCAAGGCCAAUGUGGAGAAGCUGGAAGCUGCCGUUGAGGAGCUACGUAAGCGCUAUAUGGACUCGAGAACAAAGACCCGGACAACGGGUCAGAAUUCAUCACCGGUGCAGCACAGUGUGGACAGGAGCAAUGGAUCGGCACACAAUGCCUGGAGUGGCUUUAUAUCCCGUGCAGUUCCUAUCCAGCCGGAUGUCAAUGAUGAUGGGCAGAAGACCAGUAAGUCCAAAUCACGGACACCGAGUCCGUCCAAUGAUGAAAAGAGUCGGUCCAGGAAGAAGCUGAAGGUAAAUGAUAGGCGGUCCAGGAGUCCAUUGGGGAGGUUGAGUAGCAGCAGUAGCAGCAAAAAGAAGUCGCGGCAUUCUUCGCAUUCGCCCAGCACAUCACCUUCGCAGAAGCACAGAAAGAGUGACAAGAAAGGCGAUAGGUCUCCUAUUGGAAGUCGGGACAAGUACAUCAAUGGUGAUAAGCACAGCAGCAGCGGGAAGGACUACAGCAAUUCCAAGGAUUACAGCAAACGAGAUCGUGAACGGAGAGAUCGAGAUGGCAAGGAUCGCUCUUCGAAGUACGAUCGCUACAGUUCAUCGAGUCGUGAUCGUUCUAAGCAUCGGGCAAGAUCAAAGGAUUCACGUCGCUGAAAUAGGAAGGUAUAUUCUUUUUUUUUAAUAAACAGAUAAUUGGGAGAAAUGUCAGGGAUGGGAUUACAAAUUUAUUAAAUGAUUAAGGUACAAAACAAUCACCUCAAACUAAAAAAAAGAAAACAAAUUAUUGGAGGGUGUUUUUCUCUAAUGAUAAUUUUAAAGUUUUCGCCUAAAUUUUUCUUGGGCUGUUUUUUGAGGUUUUUGUUUUAAUAGAAUAUCGAUCAUUUAAUUCACUUUUAAGUCCUCAUUUUCCUUUUUUUGUGGAAAGUGUUAAUUUCUUUGAGUGUCUUAUUCCAAAAAAAAAAUGUUAUGCUUAAUUCUCACAUCGAAGAAGACAAAACAUUUCAGGGGUGAAUAAAAUUUCUUAAUGAUCGAAAUAAUUGUAGACCAAAAAGAACAAGAAAAGUGUGAGAAAGUCAGAAAUACUUUAUUUCCUUAAGGAUAAUAUCCUAGUAAAAAUAUUAGUUGAAUCAAUUAAUUUUUGAUUGCCUAGAUAGAAAGAAUAUUUUUUAUAAUAAUUUUUUUUUUUUUUGAACAAAAACAUGAAAGUGAAACUGAGGGUUUUAGCUGAGCUUAGUUAAAUUGGGAGGGUAUUUAAAGAAAAAAAAACAAGAACAAUCCCCAACGUGUACAGUGUAAAUUUUUUAGUAUAAGGAAGUCCAAAAAAAGAUUUAAAACAUCUUUAUAAGAAAAUAAAAAAAAAAUAUCGAAAAGAAA